AUGUCGACUGCUGUGUGGCCGCCCAUCGAUGACGCCCGCCUCGCCCACGAGCAGGCAGAGUCGCAAGCGCGCGAGCUCGAGUGGCUGCUGGUGCAACUCCGCGAGACGCUGCAGUCGCUCAAGGCAGGCCUGGAAGAGUGCGCUGCCCUGCUUGCGCCGUCGGAGAAUGGCUCGACACUCGUGCUGACUUCGGUGCGCUCCGAGAGUCUCAAGGGCCUCAUUACUCGCGUGGGCACGCGCAUCACCAAAGGCAACGUCAAGCUCCGCCUCGCAAGCCUCCCACCACCCAAAGGCUCGCUGACGUACGACCUCGCCAUUUCCUCUGCACCGCAUGCGCCGACGCUUGUUGUGCCCCAGCUCACUUCCAUUCGGACCUCCAUCAACAGCUGCCUCGACGUCAUCGACGUGGCUACCUGGGGCGGCGAUGCUACCAACGCCAACUUCGUAUCCGGGCAACUGCAACUGCUGCACGAUCACAUCCUGGAAGCGCAAGCUGCACUGAAGGGCUACUCGGAUGUCCAGCCGUCGUGGUGGGAGAACCCCGUCGACGACAAGACAUUCGACCCUCCGCUGCCAGCGAAUGUGUCCUUCCACCUGUUCGUCUUCGAUGCCGCCCUCGUUCUCGAAAUCCGCACUCUCGAGCCACACAACGCCGGCGACAGCACGUCGCUCACUGGCUUCAGCAUCCGCAACACCUUUGCAUCAGCACUUGGCGGGGCACGAGCACCUGCGCACGAUGAAGCCGACCGCACGUUCAAGUACAAGGACCACGACGUGCGCGUGAAAGAGAAAAUCCGAGUGGAGAGCCAAGACCCCGCUCUGAUAUCCGCAUCGGCAAAGCUCAACGCCUUAGGACACAGUGUGAUGUUGAGCCGAAAAGCGCUCAACAUAGUCAUGGGUCGAGACGAGCAGAUGGACUAA